GAGCGUCACGUUUCCCCCGCUCGCCGAGUAGGGGCUCCACGGCCCGGGGCGGCCUUUGUGGGGCGCGAGCCUCUGCUUGGGGUGGGGAGCGCCCUCCUCUCCGCCCAAGCAGCCGGUGGGAGCGCUCGCUUUGUGCGGGACGGGACGGCGGGCGGAGGCGAGGCGAGGCCGGGAUCCCGCCGCAUUCUUCAGCUCCGAGCCUAACAAAGCCGGGAGGCGGCGGGGAGCCGCGGCCAAACUUUGCCAAACUUUUUUUCCCCCGAAGUUUACAAAAGUUUGCCAAACUUUGCAACAGUUUGCCAAACUUUAGAAAAGUUUGCCAAACUUUAGAAAAGUUUGCCAAACUUUAGAAAAGUUUGCCAAACUUUCUUUCCUUCGCACAAAGAGCCCCUCUUCGGGCGGGGGGGACGGAGGAAAAGCCUUUCCCCCGCGGGGAAGGGAGCGGGAGCAUGGGCUGCGCCCCCCGGCUGCCCCCUCCUCGCCCAGCAGCCCCCCAAGUCCUGGGACCGGCCGCGCUCGCGCAGCCCGGUGGCUCCUAGGCGCGCGGCGGUGGGUCCCCAUGGCCGGGGGCGGGCGGCUGCGCUGCGCCCUGGCCUGCUGCUGGCUGGGGCUUCUCGGUGCGGCGGCUUCGCUGAACGGCAGCUCGCCGUUGGAGGAUCGGUGCAAACGCGCCGCGCCCUGCGAGGCCCUCCGGGAGAGCAACUGCUUGGGAUCGCCGCUGCCCUACGCCGCCACCUCCACUCUGCUGGCCGGGGACUCGAGCUCGCAGGCGGAGGCGCACGACAAGCUGCUGCUCUGGUCCGGUUUGCGAAAUGCGCCGCGCUGCUGGGAUGUGAUCCAGCCUCUCUUGUGUGCCGUGUACAUGCCCAAGUGCCAAGAUGGCCAAGUGGAACUGCCUAGCCAGACUUUGUGCCAAGCCACGCGGGGACCCUGCACCAUCGUGGAACGAGAGAGAGGCUGGCCCGACUUCCUCAAAUGCACCACGGAUCGGUUCCCUGAAGGGUGCCCGAACGAGGUCCAGAAUAUUAAAUUCAACAGCUCGGGGCGAUGCGAGGCCCCCCUGGUGCAGACCGACAACCCCAAGAGUUGGUACGAGGAUGUGGAAGGUUGUGGGAUCCAAUGCCAGAAUCCCCUUUUCACCCAGAAGGAACAUCGCGAGAUGCACAUCUACAUCGCCGCCUUCAGUUCGGUCACAAUUUUUUGCACCUUUUUCACGCUGGCCACCUUCUUAGCCGACUGGAAGAAUUCGAACCGUUACCCCGCUGUGAUCCUCUUCUACGUUAAUGCCUGCUUCUUCAUGGGCAGCAUCGGCUGGCUGGCCCAGUUCAUGGACGGCGCCCGCGGCGAGAUCGUCUGCCGUGCUGACGGCACCAUGCGCUUGGGAGAGCCCACCUCCAACGAGACCCUCUCCUGCGUGAUCAUCUUUGUGAUUGUCUACUAUUCCCUGAUGUCCGGGGUGAUCUGGUUCGUCAUGCUGACGUACGCCUGGCACACCUCCUUUAAGGCGCUAGGCACCACCUACCAGCCACUGGCGGGCAAGACAUCCUACUUCCAUCUGGUGACGUGGUCCAUCCCCUUUGUCCUCACGGUGGCCAUCUUGGCGGUGGCACAGGUGGAUGGAGAUUCGGUGAGCGGCAUCUGUUUUGUGGGGUACAAAAACUACCACUAUCGUGCGGGGUUCGUCCUGGCCCCCAUCGGCCUGGUGUUAAUUAUUGGGGGCUAUUUCCUGAUCAGAGGAGUGAUGACUCUCUUCUCUAUCAAAAGCAACCAUCCGGGCCUCUUGAGCGAGAAGGCGGCCAGUAAGAUCAACGAGACCAUGUUACGCCUUGGGAUCUUUGGUUUCCUGGCCUUCGGCUUUGUCUUCAUCACCUUCGGCUGUCACUUCUACGACUUCUUCAACCAGGCGGAGUGGGAACGCAGCUUCCGGGAGUACGUGCUGUGCGAGGCCAACGUGACGAUCGCGGCCCAGACCAACAAGCCGAUCCCGGAUUGUGAGAUCAAGAACCGGCCCAGCCUCCUGGUGGAGAAGAUCAACCUCUUCGCCAUGUUUGGCACCGGCAUCUCCAUGAGCACCUGGGUGUGGACCAAGGCUACCUUGCUCAUCUGGAAGCGCACCUGGGGCAGGCUGACCGGCCGGAGCAGCAACGAGCCCAAGAGGAUCAAGAAAAGCAAGAUGAUUGCCAAAGCCUUCUCCAGGAGGAAGGAGCUGCAGCAUAACCCCGCGCAGGAGCUCUCCUUCAGCCUGCGCACCGUCUCGCACGAGGGGCCCGUCGCCGGUUUGGUGUUCGAUAUCAGCGAGCCUUCGGGAGACAUGUCCUCGGCUUGGGCGCAACAUGUGACCAAGAUGGUGGCCAGGAGAGGCGCCAUCCUCUCUCAGGAUGUCUCUGUCACACCUGUAGCCACGCCAGUGCCCCCCGAGGAGAGGGCCAGUCAUUGGCUGAUGGAAGGCGAGUUUUCCUCCCGACGGGCCAAGAAACCGACUCGGAAGAAAAAGAAGCACCGGAAGAAGAAGGGGGUUUGCCCCUCCGGGGCAGCGACCGAGACCUGCGCCCUGAAUUACUUUGCCCCGGGAGGGCCCAGCUCCGUCCCACGCCUGCCCCGGCUCCCCCAAACCAAGUGUUUUGUCGCCGACCCACAACAAAGCCAAGCUCUGGAUGAUGUCCUUUUGUCUCGCGCGGACCCCGAAUGGAGACCCCGAGCCCCCCGGCAGCCGGAGCCCCCCCUGGCUGGACUGUCCCGGGACCUGCCCCCUGGCAGCUGCCGGCGUAUCAACCCCCCGGAUCUCAUCAACCACCCCUUUUGCCCUGAUUUUGGGGGUUCCGAGGAAACGGGACCGGAACGUGGAGCGUGGCUAUUCUCCGGACAGCAGCCUUCGCGUUUUCGGGGAGCCGCCUUCCCUGCUCCCCCCAGGAGCUCAGCUGCUUUGUUCCUGGGCGGUGACGUCUAUGGGGUGCAGCCACCUCUAGGCAAGUGGGGUGGGUUGCCCCCCAUCCAUUCCCGGACAAACCUGAUGGACGCCGAGUUGGUGGACCUGGACUCCGACUUCUAGGAGGGAGCUUUUUCAAUGGCUUGGCGUCGAUCAGCCGUGGGGUGGUCGGGAGAAAGAAGGGGAAGGGGGGUGUCCCUUUCGGGACCGUCCUUGGGGGUUCUUCUGCUUCAUCUCCUUCAAGGAGACCGAGAGAGAUUAUUGGAAGAGGCCAUCCUUCCUUCCUCUCCCCCUCCCUCUUCAUCUUGUGGACCUCUUCAAGAAGACCCAGAGUGCUUCUUCCUUCCUUCCUUCCCUCCCUCCUUUAUUCCUGAUGAUGUUUCCUAGCUGGGUCAUGAAAUGUCUACAAGAAAACAAACAAGCUCAGAGACCAUCAAUGGCCCUCCUUCUCACUUCUUCCUUCCUUCCUUCUUUCCCUCCCUCUUUCUCCUUUCCUUCCUUUCUUCUUCCUCCCUCCCUUCCUCCCUCCUUUAUUCCUGAUGAUGUUCCCUAGCUGGGUCAGGAAAUGUCUACAAGAAAACAACCAAGCUCAGAGACCAUCAGUGGCCCUCCUUUGCACUUCUUCCUUCCUUCCUUCCUUCUUUCCCUCCCUCUUUCUCCUUCUUUGUUUCCUUUCUUCUUCCUUCCUUCCCUCCCUCCUUUAUUCCUGAUGAUGUUCCCUAGCUGGGUCAGGAAAUGUUUGCAAGAAAAUAAUCAAGCUCAGAGACCAUCAAGGGCCCUCCUCCAUUUCUUCAUCCAUCCAGACCAUCACCUAACAAACACUCACAAAAUCAGAGGGGUCACGUGAUGUCCUGCCUAGCAAUCAACAACUAAUGACUAAAUCCGGACACCAUUCCGGUCGCAAUUCAAGGACUACCCUGUACAUUGUACCCAAAUACGUAAGGGGCUCGAGGUACAAUAUUAUCUCAUAUCACUUUGGGCAUUUACCGUACCUGUCGCAAUACUGAGCAGAAAAUAGGGGGAAAAGGUUUAUUUCAAAAAAGAGAUUAUUUGGAGAAGACCCAGAUGAUUUGAAGGACGUUCUACACGGAUGGGUUGAUUUAGAUGUCUUCUCAAGAGAUCCAUGGCUGAGGGUGCCUCAGAACCAAGUUUGGAGAUCAUGAACAUGAUGGACCAUCAGGGUCUAUCCAGAAGUCAGGUCAGUAUUCCUCAACCCCGGCCACUUGAAGAUGGGUGGACUUCAACUCCCAGAAUUCUCCAGCCAGCGAUGGAACUUGUAGUGUUCACCUUCAGCGUCUCUGUGGUGGGACGCUCCAGACGGGAGAUAAGAAUUAGAAUAUGGAGUAAGCAGAGAGGCUACGUUGAAUGGAAGAGCUGAAGUCCACCCAUCUUCAAAAUGGCCAAUGUUGAGGAACAUCAUGUCCACCAUCUGGAUAGUCCCUGAUAGGCUGCCAUAUCUUUGAUCUUCCUGUGUCCACCAUCUCUGACCCUUCCUGAUGGACCUUGAGAUCCAACAUAUCCUCAUCUCUGGUUCGAAGUUCCUCGUAGAAUUCUGUAGGACACCCCAGUUGGAGUCUUCCCCAUAAGUUCCCAAGUCUUCAUUUCAAGGGGUCAACUCUACAGCCAGAGAAGAACCUUUUUCUGAGGUCACCUGGACCACCGUCUGAAGGCCUUGAACUUCUGGAGAACUCUGCUUUCCACACUCCAUGCUGUGCCUCUACCUCCCCGUGCAGCUUGAUGGGACGUAGUCUUAACCUUCAUCCUCUCCCUGGUGGGACCAGACGGCGAUAGGAAUUAGAACAUGGCGUAAGCAUAGAGGCUGGGUUGAAUUGGAAGAGGCGGUAGCAACGUGUUAAAAUAUCUCCAGGUUUUGUUACUGUUCUGUAAUGUACCUACGUAUAACACAAAGUUUUCGUCUGUUUUUCAUGGUUGCAAAAUCUAAACAUUUUAUCAUCUAUAAUAAGAAAUUUCUUAGGAUUUUUUUGGAAAUCUUGAGAUAACUUGGCACAAUCUUUUGGCUGGAUUGAAACCCCGCUAAACUCAUCCGGGGUGCCCAUAAACAUCUGUUGGCCAGAUGAUAUUUCUACUUUUAUAUACAGGUAUUCCUCGACUUAGCGAGGAAUUUAGUGACUGAAGUUAUAGCGGCACUAAAAAAAGUGACUUGGGAUCAUUUUUUACACUUAAAAAGUAGGGAGGCAGAGCCCGUCGUUAAGUGUGAGGAUCAGUUUUGAGUCACUUUUGUAACUUCAAGCGGUCGCUCAGUAAAGCCUUGUAUGUUGAGCACUAUCUGUGUCACAUUUAUAUGUUUUGUUUUUGCAAAAUAAAAUGUGUCCCCAAGACUUAGAAGAAAACUCCUGGUCGGGAUUCACCGUUUUUGUGUCUCUUUGAAGUUUGGGUUAAUCCAAUUGGUUUUUGUUUAAAAAAAAAAUAAAAAUAAAAAUAAGAAUUUCCCUAACUUGGAAUUCAACUGG